GGGAGGCGGAGUCAAUUCAGCCCCAUGCUGACCCUAGACUACUUCGGGUUUAGUCUCCGCCCUUUACAGACUUCCAGACGUCACGGGAUUCUCCUCCUGCCAAGCCCUGGGGGCUCCGCCUCACUCCCCUCGGGUUCGGCAACGACUUGCCCUCUUGUCCGCCCAAUUACUCAUGGCAAAUUAGCGAAAUAAUCCAGCAUACUACUAGUUAGGGGAACCAACCAAAACAGCUCCGCGGCUUCAGAAAACACGACAUAUUGCCGUUUUGGGCCCAGUGGCUUUCAUGUGGAUUAAUCGGCUCGCCUUUCCAGAAGCAUCAGAGCAAGCCUGACUCAAACAAUCACUGAUUGGGGGUCAUAUUGAGGGGAUUUCAUCUUCACACAUUGAUUGCUAGCUGCAUUGCUUGCCCUUAUACGGAGUAUUAGCCUCUCAACUGAGUCCCCUGAGGGACUGGUGAUUGUGCCCCCAGUGGCUGAUAUUGUGUGCCAGGGAACUUUGACGGGCAUCACUCGUGGUGAAAGUUCAAAGGUGUUCAUGACAUCUUGCGGAACUCAGCCUUAGCAUAAAAGGGGUGGAUAGUGCGCUAUGAUAAUACAUUAGGUUGUAUCGAUUCUUCGUGAUCCAUGGAUCUAUUGAACUCAUUUCGAGAUAUCUCAACUCUGAUGCGGCUUAAAAUCUGCCUCGAUGUAUCCAACCAAAACCCUUGCUUGGCCGCGGUGUCGAGAUCCCCACCAGAGUUUGACUAACGCGGUGCUAGUGAGUGCAGUGCAUGUUGCAUGUUGCUGCGGGACUUCCCUGAUUGGUCAAUUGUGAUGCUCCGCUCCUGAGUCCUGCCGUAGUCAACCCCGUGGGGACAAGGCUGGUGCUGCCGAGCUCCUCAAGGUUCCGUUCUCAAUCUGGAUGCAGAGAAGGCUGAUCUUCCUUCAAUGUCGUUAUGAUAACUAUGACCUUCAUAGUGAAGAGCUUCUCGUAUUUGCUAUAUAUAUCAGCCUGGCCCCCGUUUCGAAUGCUGCAUUCUAUUUGAAUUACACCUACUUCACUUUAUCCUGAUUUUGAUACUGGCAUCCCGAGCUCCAUGCUAUUUGAUAGUACAAUAUCCAUCGAGUGAUAAAGAAUAUUCCAAGAUUGACAAUGUGGUACCACGUCUCAGAGCCGAACGAGUAUCUCGUUCUCACGGGAGGCGGCAUUAGUGAUGUGGUUAUUAAGAAAACGGCGUUUGUGAUGCCAUGGCACAAAUGCACCCGGAUUUCAAUUUCUCCAUUCGAUUUCUCCAUGAAUCUCCAGGCUAUGACAAUCGAAAAGCUUCAGUUUGCCCUCCCAGCCGUCUUCACAAUCGGCCCUGAUAAUAAUAUUGAGGCUCUCAAGAAGUAUGCUCUUCUCCUAUCAGGAGAAGCUGAUGGGGUAAAAGCCACCAAAACGGCCACCAGAGGGAACCAUGUUCAAGAUAUCGUCAAGGGCAUCAUCGAGGGCGAGACUCGCGUGAUUGUCUCUGGGAUGACAAUGGAGGAAAUUUUCAAAGAGCGACACGUCUUCAAGCAGCAUGUCAUUGAAAAUGUCCAAAACGAGCUGGAUCAAUUUGGUCUCAGGAUCUACAACGCCAACGUUAAAGAACUUCAAGAUACUCCUGGAAGUGAAUAUUUCACCUUGCUUAGCCGAAAAGCGCACGAAGGUGCACUGAAUCAAGCCAAAAUCGACGUCGCAGAGGCUCGAAUGAGAGGUGAAAUUGGUGAAGCCGAAAAACGAGGCAAAACAAAGCAAGAAAUAUCCAAAAUCGACGCAGAAACCGCAGUUCUAGAAACCAAACGUCGAAGCGAGAAGGCACAGGCAGAUGCUCAGCUUACAAAUCGGCAAACGGAGCUGGACAUGGGCAUCCGGCUUGCGAAGAUAUCCGCCCAACGUCAAGCGGAAAUGAAGGAUGCCGAAUUGCAGAAGCAGGUCGAAACCAAACGUGCAGAAACGGAAUUGGAACGACUCCGGGCACUCGAUGUUACUAAGAGCAAGAUCGCAAGGGAGGCGGCUGAACAAAACGCUGACGCAGACCUCUACACUAAAAUGAAAGACUCCGACGCUGUUAUGUAUAAACAGAAAAUGGACGCUGAUGCACACUACUACCGCACCUCCAAGCACGCAGAAGCCGCCUUUUUAGCGAAGACAAAAGAGGCCGAAGCUGCAUUUAUUGCGAAGAAAAGGGAAGCUGAAGGUAUUGCUGAGAUGGCAAAGGCUUACGGUGCUAUGGCGGAAGUAUUUGGCGGACCACAGGGCUUCUUGCAGUAUCUCAUGAUCCAGAACAACACCUAUGAAGCACUUGCCAGAGCGAAUGGAGAAGCUAUCAAGGGCCUUGAACCCAAGAUUACAGUCUGGAACACCGGUUCUUCUGGAGAUUCAUCUCAGGAUUCAACGGCUCCAAUCCGGAACCUCAUGCAAAGUCUUCCACCCCUUUUCUCAACUAUUCAUGAGCAAACUGGGAUCUCUCCCCCAACGUGGAUGGCACAGCUUCCACACCAGAAUCAACAAAACUCUACCGUACAUGCCGAUGAGAUUAAGGCUAAGCUUAGAGCUAACGCUUCAUAGCCAUGCUGAAUCAAUAAGCGGAAACUCCGUGGUUUGACCUUUGAGUAUGAAUCACGGCGUGGCAGUUGUUACAUGUAACCCCCUACCGCUCGACCAUCCUUUUCUUCUUCAUUAUUUCUUUUUCUCACUAUACCAUACAUUUCUUCCUCGCCAGGGUCCUACUUUACUCUCUUUUCUUUCAGCACUACUUGUUACGUGUUGUCCGCAGAUUACCUGCUUCCUAUCAUACCAGGGCAAGGCCACUACUAAGUUCGUUUCCUUACGUUCAUUCAUCUUUUUCUUUUUUCCCCUCUCUUCUCUUUUGUUUUUCCUUCGUUUUCUUUCAUGUAUCUCCUUACAAUACCCCUUAUUGGCGUUUAUAUGCAAACUACAAGUUUCCGCAUUUGUCUUACGUUAUAUGAAUAUCAAAAAUUGAUGCAAACCAGCCUAAUAACAAUAACAAUAAUGAUUGAUUUAUAUUUACUUAGCUCGCUAGGUGUUGUUAUUAAUCUGCUGCCAGCAGUCGCUUGCCUUGGACGGGAUGAAAUAUACGGAAUACUCAUUAUUUGAGAGAAUUAGGGCUGACAAAUAACCAGAGGGUGAAACGAAUGGGAUAUUCGCUUUCACAAUUACAAACCCUUGAUUGGUACUGGGAAACAUUGAAUAUCACUGCUGAAAGUAAACAAACCAAAGCUGUACAAAUAAAUAUAAGCUUAAUAAUCUCU